AUGGUAUUAUUUUACUUGAAUGUACCCAAGACUGACUUUGUUGAUUAUGCAGAUGCUGGAUUCUUAUCUGAUCCACAUGUCGCAAAAUUGGAUAAUAAUCAAUUAGCUCUUGAUUAUGAAGCCAUGAUACUGGAUAUGGGUGGACAGAAUUUAACCAGCCCAGCUGGUUUAUCAUCAAAUGAUCUAUCGAGGGCAUUGGUUGAUAGGUUUUCUAUCGUUGAGUUGGAGCUUAAAUUCCAACUUUACAAGGUUGAAUUUUUGCUGCUAACCAGGAAUUUGAAGCUAGCCAAACGUGAAGUGAAGCUCGCUAUGGACAUAGCACGUGGAAGAGAUUCUUCAAUGGCUCUUCUUUUGAAAUCUCAGCUUGAAUAUGCUCGCCAUAACCACCGCAAAGCAACCAAGCUAUUGAUGGUAUCAAACGACAGGACAGACCCAGCAUUUUUGAGCAUUAAUUUCCACAACAAUCUUGGUUGCAUUUACUAUCAGCUUGGGAAAUACCAGACAUCAUCUUUACUUUUCUCGAAGGCAUUGACUAAUUGUUCAUCCCUUAGGAAGAACCAACCGCUAAAGCUGCCAACUUUCUCUCAGGAUAACGCUCUUCUUAUAGUAUAUAAUUGUGGUAUGCAGUACUUGGCCUGUGGAAAGCCAUUACUUGCUGCUCGCUGUUUUCAGAAGUCUAGUAUGGUCUUCUACAAUAAGCCUCUCUUGUGGCUUCGGCUAGCUGAAUGCUGUCUGAUGGCUUUGGAAAAGGGCCUAAUUAAAUCAAGCCGUGUUUUACCCACAAGAUUGGAAGUUGGAGUGCAUGUUGUUGGGAAGGGAAAAUGGAGGCAACUUGUACUGAACAAUGAGAUUCCAAGAAAUGGAUGGCAGCUGAAUUUAUCGAUAUCUCUGGCCCGGCAGUUCCUGUUAAAUGUCCUGUACUUGCUGGAUUCCAACAAGACGGAUAAUUUAAAGUCUGGCUUGGCUUUCAAUUCGUUAAGUGAGGAAAAUCAUUCAGGUGAUGUGUCAUCCAGCAAUUCAAACAAUAAGAAUUUACUCGGAAUCGAUUUCAAGGCAUUUUCAUUAGCAUUAAGCUUAGGUCAGGCUAAUUCAAAGGGGGACGUGAAAGAGCAAAAGGGAGGUACUAAUCAGGAGGUCAUUCAGAGCUCCCUGUCCCAUUAUGAAGAUAUUUGCAGAAGAGAAAAUUUAUUGAUUAAGCAGGCAGCCCUUGCUAACCUGGCAUAUGUGGAAUUGGAAUUAGACAACCCUGUUAAGGCACUGUCAGUUGCAACAUCUCUUCUGGAACUUGCAGAAUGCUCUAGAAUUUAUCUCUUUCUAGGCCAUGUUUAUUCAGCAGAGGCACUCUGCUUGCUAAAUAGACCAAAGGAAGCUGCCGAGCAUUUGUCAAUUUAUUUGUCUGGGGGAUACGCUAUUGAAUUGCCUUUCAGUCAUGAUGACUGCAAGAAAUGGCAAGUGGAGAGAACUGCUGAAUUUAAAGAUGGAACUGCAGGAUCUGCGCCAGCCAACAUUUCUUCAUCUGACGAUUCUCAACGUAUAGAUUUUCUUAAGCCAGAAGAGGCCCGUGGGAUAAUUUAUACAAAUUUUGCGGCAUUAUCUGCAAUGCAGGGUGAGUUAGACCAAGCCCAUCAGUUAGUUGCCCAGGCGUUAUCCAUAUUGCCGAACAGUCCAGAAGCCACAAUUACUGCAAUUUAUGUAGAUCUCUUGCUUGGUAAGCCGAAAGAAGCUUUAUCCAAAUUAAAACAAUGUAGCCGCGUUAGAUUCCUUCCCAGUGCAAUUACAUUGAGUAAGUAUUAG